AUGCACAUAACAGAACCGUGGAUACUUCAGGAGGACAAUACCAUUCAGGUGAAUGUCCUCAAGCCUCACUGGAAGGAGUUCUUGCAGUGCCAUGCAUUUGGGAAGUUUCAGUGCUCCCAGUGCUGGCAUAUGUGGUCACCGGCCAACGUGCACAUCCUCUUCCACAAGCACUGGAGCCAGCGUCGGUGCUGGGGAGCAGUGCAGAUGAGAACUGCCUUUCGCCAGGCAUGCAGGCAGUGCCCUGACCCCCAGCUGGAAGAGCCUGACUUCAGCCAGGAGAACAUGGCCAGGAUCCUGGACAAUCUGGUGCUAAAGAUCCUCCAAGAAUGCUAUCAUGUGCCGGUGCAGCCCUCUCACCUCGUCGCAGUUGUUGUGUGGCGGGGCCGCACGAUAGCACCCGCUGUGAGGGCUGCCAGCUCAGGGUAUGCCGAGAGCCAAGGACAGCCCAGGCGCCGUCUGGCUCAAAGCACGUGA